AUGGCUACUCCAUCGAAGUCUUUGGAAGAUGUCUUUAAAGAUUUCUGUGGUUUUGGCGGUAAAGAUGCAGCUCCAAUGAUGGAUAAUGCUAAAUUCGCUAAAAUGUGCAGAGAUUUAAAAAUAUUGGACAAGAACCUCACUGCAACUGAUGUAGACAUUAUUUUCUCUAAAGUAAAAGCUAAAACAGAACGCAAAAUAUCAUAUACAGAAUUUAAUGAAGCUGUCACAUUAAUGGCAAAGAAGAAAUAUCCAGGAGAUGCAAGAGUAGGGAAAUUAACAGCAAAAAUGACUAGUGGCAAAGGACCACAAGUCCAUGGAGUAACGAAGCCACAAAUUAGUCCAUUAUUAGACAGAAUGACAGACACGUCAAAAUAUACUGGCACACAUAAGGAGAGAUUUGAUGAGUCUGGGAAAGGCAAGGGUUUGGCUGGGAGAGAGUCACUUCAGAAAGGUGCUGGUAUGAGUCCCUCUAGCUUGUGUAACCAUUCAGGUUAUGUUUCUGGCUACAAACAUGAAGGAACUUAUGAAAAGAAAGUUAAAAAAUAA